UACAUGUAAAGCUCUGAAAAGCCCAUACAGUUUACUGUACACCCUUAUUAAUUGGUAUGACAGUCACUGAAAUACACAAUUAAUCUCAUCACGUUAUAGCUGGAUCACAAUAUCUCUAUUUUCAAUACUACGACGCAUUAAAAAACAAAAAAAAAUCACAGCGUGCUAGCAAAACAUUUAAGAAUACAUGGCAAAGCUCAAAGUCUUCAUCUCCGCAUAGAUAAUUAUUGAGCAAAGAUCACAUGGUUGCUUGAUUUAAAAAAGACAAUAGAGAAAAAUGAAAGAUUUUAUAAUAACCUGUGUAUUGUCUAGCUAGCUACAAAUAUUGGUUAUAUUUAGUGUUGAAGAACAUAUAGUCAUACAAUUGCCACUACCAAAAAGCUUGAGAGAGAGCGCUAGACUGAAAUGGCAGAAACUGCAGUGUCCCUUGCUAGUCAGCAUGUGUUUCCAAAACUUUUGGAAGCUGUAAAGAUGCUGAGAGAUCUUCCAAAAAAUGUUGCAGAAGUUACUGAUGAAUUAGAAAACUUUCAAGAUUUCAUCCAUGAUGCAAAUAAAAUGGCUGAUGCUGAAGAAGAUAGCAAUAGGCGGGAUAGAAUAAGAAAAAGGUUGAUGAGGCUGAGAGAAGCAUCUUUUCGCAUGGAAGAUGUCAUCGAUGACUAUGUGAUGAUAUGUGACGAAAAUCAACCUGAAGAAGGUCCUCGAUGUGCAGCUUUACUCUGUGAGGCUGUUGAGUUCAUCAAAACUCAAAUCCACCACCUUCAAAUAGCGUAUCAGAUUCAGGAUGUUAAGUCACUUGUUCGCACAGAAAGGGAAGGCUUCAUAAACCAUUGUCCCAUUGAACCAAGAUCACACGGUUCUAGAGGAAAAGAAAAUUUCACAUGGCAUAAAUUUCGAAUGGAUCCUCUCUUUAUUAAGGAACAUGAGGUUGUUGGCCUUGAAGGCCCUACACAAACACUGAAAAAGUGGUUGACACUGACACAGGGAAGAGAGGAACGCACCGUCAUCUCUAUUGUAGGAAUGGCAGGAUUGGGAAAAACCACUCUUUCUAAGCAAGUCUUUGACAGGGUCCGUACAGACUUUGAGUGCCAUGCAUUGAUCACAGUGUCUCGAUCCUAUACUGUUGAAGAGUUGCUGAGGACUAUGACGAACGAGCUUUGCAAAGAAAGAAAGGAGGAUCCUCCUCGAGAUGUUUCAACUAUGAAUCAAUUGUCGUUGAUAAAAGAAGUCAGAAACCGCUUGCGCAAUAAAAGGUAUGUUGUCUUGUUUGAUGAUGUUUGGAAUGAAACAUUUUGGGAUGACGUUGAAUUGGCUAUGAUUGAUGAUAAAAAUGGAAGUAGGAUAAUAAUCACUACCCGGGAAGAGAAGGUUGCGGAGUUCUGUAAAAGUUGUUUACUUUAUAGGCUACAACCUUUAAGUGAAGAAAAGUCACUGGAGUUGUUAUGUAAAAAGGCAUUUGGGUAUGGCUUUCAUGGAUGUUGUCUAGAAGAUUAUGAAAAAGCAGGUCUGGGCAUUGUUAGAAAGUGUGGAUAUUUACCUCUAGCAAUUGUAGCUAUCGGUAGUCUUUUAUAUAGAAAAUGUAAAAGUCCAUAUGAAUGGCGCCUGUUUAGUCAAAAUCUAAGUUUAGAGAUGGAGAGCAAUUCCGAGUUAGACAGUGUAAAAAAAAUUUUAAGUUUGAGUUACGAUGAUUUGUCACAGAAUCUCAGAUCAUGUUUGUUGUAUUUUGGAAUGUAUCCUGAAGAUUAUGAAGUUAAAUGUGGUAGAUUAAUUCAGCAGUGGAUAGCUGAAGGGUUUGUUAAACACGAACGCGGAAGAAAUUUAGAAGAAGUUGCACAACAACAAUUAAUGGAGUUGAUCAGUAGAAGCUUGGUACUAGUUGCAUCAUUUACCACGGAUGGGAAAGUGAAAGCAUGUCGUGUUCAUGACUCAAUGCAUGAAAUGAUCCGUGGAAAAAUGAAGAAUACGGGGUUUUGUGAGUAUAUUGAUGAGCAUAAUCAUUUGGAGUCAAGUGGUAUCACUCGACGCUUAACAAUAGCAACAAGCUCCAAUAUUAAUGGUUUAAGUGGAUGUAUUGAAGGAUCACAUGUUCGGUCAAUUCUAAUUUUGACGAAUGAAGUGUCAUCUGUAGACUUCAACAGCCGCUUGCUUGCAAAACACACGCGGUUGAAGGUGCUGGAUUUGGAAUUUACUCCAUUACAUGAUGUUCCUGAGAAUUUGGGGUGUUUAAUCCACUUAAAGUAUCUAAGCUUCAGGGAGACAUUCAUAAGAAGCCUUCCAAAAUCCAUUGGAAAGCUGCAGAACUUGGAGACACUAGAUGUAAGAACAUAUAUGGAGAUUGAGGUACCAAAGGAGAUUACGAAGCUUAGAAAGCUACGUCAUCUUUUGGGUAGCACAAUAUCUUCCAGUUCAUUGAAGGAUAGUCUUGGAAGCAUGAGGUCCCUGGAAAAGAUGCAUGAAUUGGGAAUAGAUGAAGAUGGAGUGGUGCUUAGAGAGCUUGGAAAGCUAAAGAAAUUAAGGGAUUUGAGGCUUGUUAGUCUCAGGAGAGAUCAUGCGGAGACUCUCUGUUCCUCACUAAACGAGAUGCCACUCUUGGAGCGACUACAUAUCUCCUUCGCAGAAUAUCUAAGGCUUUCUAAUUUUACGGAAGAUCCUGCAGCUCUUUCUUCCUCAAUAAGGAAGAUACAAGUACGACGACCACUUGAGAGUGGAGUAAUUGACUUGCACAUUACGUCAUCGUUGUCUAAACUGAGGAAGCUUUAUCUGUAUGCCAAUUUAAAAGAGUUCCCAAAUUGGAUUUCUCGUCUCCAAAAUCUUGUGAAAUUGUCUUUGGUUGAAUCAAAGUUAACUAACAUUCCGUUGACAGAUCUGGGAAGUAUGCCAAAUUUGUUGUUGCUCUCUUUUGACUCUAAUUCUUUUGAAGGAGAAACUUUGCAUUUUGAAAAUGGAGGAUUUCAGAAACUCAAGGAACUAGAAUUCAAAUGUUUGUAUAAUUUGAGUUUCAUCCUUAUUGAUAGCGGGGCACUGCCAUCUUUGGAAAAGCUUCAGAUAGUGGCUAUUCCACAACUGAAGAUAGUACCCUCUGGCAUUCAACACUUGAAGAAACUCCAAGUUCUCUACAUCGUGCAUAUGCCGACAGAAUUUCUUCAGAGGAUUGACCCCGAGGGAGGAGAUGAGCACUGGAUGAUCAAACAUGUGCCCUAUGUACAUUUUAGUCACUAUAUAUCGUAAUUUGCUAAAUGGUCCAGCAGAAAGUAGCUGAAAUUUUCUCUUCGCUUUUGCAGAG